GUAGUGUCAAAAUAACGUUCGGCCGGCCGCCAUUUUUCACCUGAAAGUUGUCUGUUUAUGUCGGAAUAUUGUUUAGUCUAACUAUAAUUAUCGAAUUUUUUAAGUACUGUUAUUAGUAAAUUUAGGUCUAUGCAUAAUGUAAUUAGUAUUUUUUGGCAAAUUUGCUUGUCAAGCCUUUCUGAUACACAAAAAAAUUCGUUUCAUAGUACUUUUGUCAAAUUGCAUUAUUUCUCUAUAUUUUGUUCUAUAGCAAUUAAAUUACAUAUUAAGUGACAUCAAGGCUUGCAAAAUGUCUAACGUAAGCUAUGACUUGGAUACUUCGGGUGGGCUUAUGCCGCUCAUUCGAGCCCUGAUCAAGCCUCCAGAUGAAGAAGUAAAUGCCCCGAAGCCAAAGAAACCUCAGCAUCCAUACUAUAAGAGACCUGGUAAAGGACACAACCAUGACUCUUGUGACGCAUGCGGUGAAGGAGGAGAUCUAAUUUGUUGCGACCGAUGUCCUGCUAGUUUCCAUCUUGGAUGCUAUGACCCGCCUCUUGAUGAGGAUGACAUCCCCGCGGGGCUGUGGCUGUGUCGGGAGUGCCAGGCCUCCGAUGACAAGGCCCCUAGUUCCAGAAGCAGCCGGGCUCAGUCACCAGCUGAUAAAUCUGACGCAGAGAAGAAAACUAGGUCUCUCCGCAGCCGCGUCAACUCCAAACGCAGCAAGAGCCGUGACGACGAGGACAAGGAGCCGGAGAAGGAGCCCACACCCAUGGAAAUCUUGGUGCGGGCCGCCAAGAUCAUGAACCCCAGGCAGUUUGAGCUGCCCAGCGAUAUGAAGAUCAAGUUUGCGUUCCCGGGAACUGAAAAAGAUGGCACCAAGAACGGCACCUCGUCCCUGGUGACGGUGGACGCGUGGGGCUGCGUCCCGCUGCCGGCCAAGAGCUGCUACGUGUGCGAGGGCACCUGCAAGUCCGCACCGCUGCUGCAGUGCGACUACUGCCCGCUGCUGUUCCACCAGGAUUGCCUGGACCCGCCGCUGACAGCACUCCCGACUGGCAGAUGGAUGUGUCCCAAUCACGUGGAACAAUACAUUGACUGGAAAUUGGUGAAUUCUAUAUCGGCGACUGAACGCGUGGCAUUGUGGGAUAAGUUCUCCGGGCCCAUUGACCAGCACACCAUCAAGUUGGACUUCAUCAGGCGAGCGAAGAACAGGGCUCCGUGCUUCAGGGAGAAGAUCCCCGAGGAGGAACGCCCCCGCGUGGCCGUCCCCAGCAUGGUGAAGUACCACUACAGCAACCCGCCGCCGCUGCUGCCCAGUCGCAGGGAGCACGUGCGGUGCACUAACGUGCUGAAGAGAUUGAAACUGGAUCCGAAAUACGACGCGGCGGACGAGGAAGACGACACACUGCCCAAGCAUCAGAUCUGUAUGACUCUGUCAUGCCCGCAGUACUCAGGUGGUGUGUGUCCACAUCAGAGCAACACGCUGAAAGGGGCAAGCAAUGAUGACGCCAAUGACGACUUGAAUGCUAUAUCGGCUAAGAUGGAAAAAACGGGGGAUUCGAGCGAGCUGUCGGACUCGGACUGCGAGCACUUGACGGCGGCGGUGAAGAAGCGCUCGCCGCGGCGCCGGCGCAGGCUGUCGCUGCGCGCGGGCGCGGACGCCGCCAGCCUGCUGUCGGCCGUGGACCAGCAGCUGGGCCAGCUGGACCAGCGGCUGCUCAAGCUGCUGGCGUGGCAGCGGCUGCAGCAGGUGCUAGUGGGCGAGCGUUGCUACGGGCCGUGGAAGGAGUCGGCGCUGAGCGGGCGCGCCGCCGCCGCCGUGCACGCCAGCGUGGACCGCGGCCGGCUCGCGCGGCUCGGCUUCCGGCCCUACACGCUGCCCAGCCAGCUGCUCAGCAGCCAGGACCGCGCCCACAUCGCCGCCACAGGUACAGUGGCCAGCGUGGACCGCGGCCGGCUCGCGCGGCUCGGCUUCCGGCCCUACACGCUGCCCAGCCAGCUGCUCAGCAGCCAGGACCGCGCCCACAUCGCCGCCACAGGUACAGUGGCCAGCGUGGACCGCGGCCGGCUCGCGCGGCUCGGCUUCCGGCCCUACACGCUGCCCAGCCAGCUGCUCAGCAGCCAGGACCGCGCCCACAUCGCCGCCACAGGUACAGUGGCCAGCGUGGACCGCGGCCGGCUCGCGCGGCUCGGCUUCCGGCCCUACACGCUGCCCAGCCAGCUGCUCAGCAGCCAGGACCGCGCCCACAUCGCCGCCACAGGUACAGUGGCCAGCGUGGACCGCGGCCGGCUCGCGCGGCUCGGCUUCCGGCCCUACACGCUGCCCAGCCAGCUGCUCAGCAGCCAGGACCGCGCCCACAUCGCCGCCACAGUAUUCGGCGAGCCGAAAUCAUCUCCGCCUCGCGCGGAUCUGAAGCUGUGUCCGGCGCCGCACGUGCCCGCCAAAGCGACGCUCUGCGAACUACUGAGACCAACCAGCAGCGGCCUCGGAGAUGCCCUGGGCCCCCCGAUCGCGAUGCGUCUCUCCUCGCUCUCGGUGGGGACCGACAGCGGCUGUGACGUCACGCUGUACAAGCCGGGCUGCCGGGCGUUGUCCAAGCGGCACGCCGUCAUCUUCCUGGACGAGGUGACGCGUCACUUCGAACUGAUCAACUACUCGGAGUGGGGCUCCCUGGUGAACGGGGUGCUGUACGCGUGCGACGCCGCGCCGGAGCGCCGCGCCGCGCCCGCCGAGGCUGCGCACGCGCACACGGCGCACGCGCACGCGGCGGACACGGCGGACGCGCGCGGCGAGCCGGCCGCGCCCGACGGAGCCGCGGCCCGCGCGCGCGCCGUCAGGGAGCUCGUGGGGAGCAAGGCGCCGCUCAGGCCCGCGGAGCCGGCGGAGGGCGCAGCGCCGUGCGGCUGCCGGGCUCCGCUGGCGGCCGCGUGGGAGGGCUCCGCGCUGCUGCCGCACGGCGCUCUGCUGCAGUUCGGCUGCGCCGUCUACGUGUUCAGCAUCGCCGACGCCGCCGCCUGUCCCUACGAGGAGAACGAGCGCGAUCCCGCGAUAUAAGUUGUACUCGUAUUGGACUUGGUGCCGUGUGGUUCCCGGUAUCAAUAGAAAAAAAGUAUGGGAACAUUCCGUCUCAUUUCUCAUGGAUUUCGUUUAAGGCGACUGAGGAAUAGGCUUAUAAACUUGGAAUUCUUAUUUUAGGCAAUGGGCUAGCAAGCUAUUUGAAUCUCAAUUCUUGUCAAUCUCAAGUCUUGAUAGACUGACAGGCCACAUUCACCUAAUUGCUUGCAGAUGGUUUUGUGAUUCGAACAGUAUCAGGUUGCUAGCCCAUCGCCUAAAUGAGGAAUCCUAAGUUUAUAAGCCUAUGCCUUAGUCGCCUUUUACGACAUCCAUGGGAAAGAGAUGGGAGUGGUCCUUUUAUUUUUUUCUAUUGGUGCCGGGAACCACACGGCACAUGCUAGUUUAAUUUGUGUUAUUUAGCGUUUUGUAGUUUUUAAAACAGCGAUUAUCAAGACUUGGUUUAUUGCAUCUCACCAUUAUGAAGCGAGAAUUUAAAGUCUAAUUCAUAGUAUAUUAUGGGUUGUAAUAACAUAAAUCUCUUUAUUAAAUUCUCGUAUAGAUAGAUAAAACUGUAGUAAUAAUGGUUUGAACCUUACAUACAGAAAUGUUGAAUUGUUUUAUGUAAGAGCAGUUAAAGAUUUGUUGCUAUAAGAACAUUUGUCAACGAUAUUAUUUACUAAAUAACAUGUGGCCAUUCAGUCUUUUCAAGACUGUUGGCUCUUUCUACCCCUCAAGGGAUAUAGACGUGACCUUAUGUAUGUAUAUUAUUGACUAGCUGUGCCUUCGUCCGCGUGGAACAGUUAUUUUGGGCAUCAUUGAAGCCCUCAAGGACGAAUAAGUUUCCCCGUUUUUUUCACAUUUUCCAUUAUUUCUUGGUUCCUUAUACAUAGUUGCAGCGUGAUGUUAUAUAGCCUAAAAGCCUUCCUCGAUAAAUGGUCUAUUCAACGCAAAAAGAAUUUUUCGUUCAAACAAACAAACUCUUCAUACUAUUAGUAUAGAUUACCGAUGUUUUCUUACGGUGAGGGAAAACAUCGUGAGGAAACCUGCACAUUCAGAAAACUGGUUGUGUAUAGGUAACCAUGGUCUAUUUAAUACGGGUUAUAGUUUACCUGUAAAGGUUGCGGAGGUCAAAUGGGAGUCGCUUUGUGUAAAAACCUGACUCACUCAAUCCAGAGUCAGUGAUCAAAGGCAUACCCCGGGCUCCUCUCCAGAGUGGUGAGGAUGCAACCGGGACUAAAGCCAGGCGGAAGGAAUGUUUAUUAUCGAUCCAAAAAAUUAUAAGUACAUGUAAAUCAACCGCAUAUCAAGUAACGCAGUAAUAGAGGCGAAUUUGCAGUGAAUUUGUUGAAAUCCGGUUGUUAUAACCAAGAGUUUGUCAUUGCGGUAAUCAUGUCGGUACUUGAUUGAUCGGUACCGGUACUCUUUAAGGCCAGUAUAAUUCUGUACUUAUACUGGCCUUAAAGAGUACUGGUACCGAUUGAGGUACAUAAUGUGAGCGAUGUUGUCACUUCGUGCAAUUUUCGCGUGUUUUUUGACACAGUAUUGUGUAAUAUCACUGCCAAGUUGUAUAGUUUUUCAAUUUAUUGAAAUAUUUGAAAACUAGGCACGUUAUUGUCAUUUUUAUUGUAGUUAAUGUAUUUGACACGUUAUAGUGUAUUGAAUAAAUUGAUUAUGAUAUAAAA